UCCAGCCGAGCGGAGCUGACUUGAGUCAAUCCUCGGCGGUGCAGCAGCAAGGGAAGGACUUCGUGGAAACUCGUGUAGCGAUCGAUUGCUACUGCCUGAUCUCCCCGAUGUGAAGAUGGAUGCCUGCCGAAUUUGUAGGUUAUAAACGUGGGAAGUCUGAAAUCAACUCCCUGGCAGUGUUCAACGUGCAGUUCCCUGUUUUGGCCGAUGCUUGCUGCGCUACAGCAUGACCACAGCAGUGUCGGCUCAUCUUGUAGUUCUGGCAAAUGAAAAUGGAGGAGGUUUCAAUGUCCAGCCUGGACAACAGCAAGCUGGAGGGCCUAGCUCAGGACAUCCUGUCUGACUUGGUGGAGGAUGCGUGCCUGGGCCUUUGCUUUGAGGUCCAUCGGGCCGUCAAGCAGGGCUACUUUUUCCUGGAUGACACGGACCAAGAAAGCAUGAGGGACUAUGAAAUUGUGGACCAGCCGGGAGUGGAUGUGUUUGGCCAGGUGUACAACCAGUGGAAGAACAAGGAGUGUGUCUGUCCCAACUGUAGCCGGAGCAUUGCAGCUUCACGCUUUGCCCCACACCUGGAGAAAUGCCUGGGGAUGGGACGCAACAGCAGCCGUAUCGCCAACCGCAGAAUAGUCACCGGUAACAACACCAACAACAAGUCAGAGAGUGACCAAGAGGAUAACGACGACGUCAAUGACAACGACUGGUCCUAUGGGGCAGAAAAGAAAGCCAAGAAACGGAAAUCUGAUAAGAAUCCAAACUCGCCCAGAAGAUCCAAAUCAUUCAAGCAUAAAAGCAGCAUGAUGGGACCUCGACGCCGUAUGGACAACCAGGAAAGCCCGCGCAUGCUCAUGAAAGAUGAGGCAUUCCCUCAGUAAUACACUCAGCCACAACCACAUAUAUAUUCUCCCAUGCACGAACACACACUCAUACACAGAUACACACACACACACACACACACACACACACACACACAUAAACACACAGGGGAAAACAAAUAACUUUUCACCCUUGGCUCUUUUUGUCGUUAACACAAUGGACAUUGAUGUUAUAGGUGACAUCUACGGUGUUUGCUGUUCUGCAAAAGCAGCCCAGACCUACCACUGUAUACUUGACUCAUUCUACUUUUCACAUAAUCAUCUUACCAACACUCAUUUUUCCCCCCUUUUUUCAGUUGAUUUUGUUUUGUAAAUUAUUUGCUUGAGUCCAAAAUAAUGAGAGAUAGACAUUUUCACUGCAUGGAGGUAGAUGCUGGUGUAAGUGAUCCAGUGGCCAAGCAGAGGCAGCUGUGCAAAGAGCUACAACUCUUACAAGGUCUGGUUAUGUGUGCACUUAUGUUGUUUCUUAAAACAGAAGUUAUACAUGAGGUGCACUUAUUCCUUCACAGUUUUAGCUCUCCAUUUUUGAAAAAGUAAUGACAAGGUGUCAUGUUACCUAUCAGACAAUCAUGACUAAUGGUUUGUCUUUUAUUUUCAUCUUCACUAAGAUCACACUUCUCUAGGUAUGACAUUACAAUACUGUGUGUGUGUGUGAGUGAGAGAGAGAGUGAGUGAGUGAGAGAGAGAGAGAGAGAGAGAGAGACAACUCUGUCAGUUGUUCAUCUGUGGAACCAUGUUUUGAAAUGUUCAGAAAAUGAACCCCUUAUUGUACAAGCAGACAUUUGCUGUGAAAGCGGGUUUCUUUUGUUUCAUUUUUCGGUGGAUAGUUGGGCUUGUUUUCUAGCAUUUAAAAAAUGUCUUUGUAUCAUGUGUUUACAUUGUAAAGGGUUACAUGUAUCCUCGGUGUGAUGUGAUAGUGUAAAUAUUCCAAUAGUUGAAUUGCUGCUAUCAUGGCUGAGUUUGUUCAUCCGACUACCAUAAUAAAAGAUUUGUUACUGUUA